CGACCCAAACUUCGAAAUCCUGGAGAAUCGGAUUUCGCGGUGUUUCAGGAAAAUCGACGAUUGGAUUGUGUAUGUGGUUAAACCAACGGAUUACCCAAAUUAUUCACGACCUCCAAGUUUUAAAGUACUAUGACUAAUUGACCGUUUAUUUGGUGCUGGAGGAGCGUACAUUGAUCAUUGGUCGAUUGAUAUUUUACAAGUCCGAUAGUCAAGUGUAGAUGGGUCGCUGGCUCAUGUUCUGUUCAGCGAGCAGCAUUUUGUCAAAGUGGCAACAUGUUUGUGAAGAAUAUUCAAGGCACAGGAGAGACUGCUAUGAAUGUUGACUGCCCGCUACAGGCCAGUCUUAAAAGAUCCAGCAGUGCUCCAAUGAUCAACGAAAUCAGUGCUACGAUGUCGGUUACUUCGCCUUCUACUACGGCUCCACCUAGGGAUGCCGUUACGUCAUUUAAUGGGUUCUCAAGUAUACCUAGAGCAAGAAGAUUUAGUACAAGUAGUCCAGGCAAUGUUAUUGGGAUAGGAAUUGGUCCUAAAUUAACACCAAGAGUUAACCAAUUGAGACGAGAAGAAUGUAUCGAUGUAGUGGCAGGACGAGAAGUGGCACACGAGAAGGAAAUUCACAGUGCAAUGCAGAUCUCCCAAUCGUGGGAAGAUUUGACUUUUGAAACGGAAGGACUGUCGUUUAAAGACUCCUCAACGGAGUCGUCGCCUUUGCCAAAUUUACCAACAACAGCGCCUACAUUAUUACCACAAUUAAAAACCGAUAAACAAUUAAUUCCUAAAAAGAUCUUUGAUCCGCUAAACUUAAAUCUAUCACCUAGUGGCUCUCCGUCAUGUUCUUCACCCUCUCCCACGAGAUCAGGCUUAGGUCAACGACAGUGUUAUUCACCCAGCUUACAUGCAGUCGCAUGGAAAAAUGGUUCGCUAUCGCCUAGUCCAACGAGAAAAGCAUUUGCCACAAGACGGAGCUUGAGCCCGAUAUCAAUUCGUCCGAGUUGUCUUGGGGGCACUGCGGGAACAUUAAAACGAAAAUUUGAGCUUGACGAGUCUAUAGGAAUGGAUCGUCUCUUACAGCCACCCAUCAAACGUGCUUUUAAUUUAAUAAUGUCUUAUCCAUCCAGGGCAGAAACAACACUGAAUUUGUUUUCGACGGUAAAUGCCAAUAGUACUGGCUCCAUUGGCACCCCUGAAUCACUGUCCAGCGCGGACUCCCCGAACUUCUCGAAUCAAUUGGGAGACGAGAACAGCCCUUCGUCCAGUCGUACCCUUUUACAGAGCGACGAUGCGAGCAUGUCAGAUAGCAAUAGUGAUCCACAGCAACCAAAAUCAAUGGAGUCUGACGUAUCAAAUAUUCAGGAAAAUCCCUGUGGAAAUGACAAUAGGUGAACAAUUGCCGCUACGAGACAUGUAUGCGUACCGUACCCUAAAAGCUUAUUUUCUUCGUUAAAUAAAACUUGUUCGAAGAAAUGUGC